UCUUUUGAAAAAUAUGCAGAUUUUUUCUUACUCAAAAUAUAAGCAAAAGGUACUAUCAUACGUAUCCCUGAAUAGAAACUAGGGAGACAGUAGUGUUUAAUUGGAAAGCAGUGCCGUCUCUUUCCUUCUUCGGUUUGCGCUGCCAUUUAACCGCAAUAAUAUAUACUGCGUGUCCUUGAAGUUUUCCCGCUCAGGCAUUAACACAAACAUUUGGCGUACAAUCGGCGAUAAUGAAGUACGUCGUGGUCACCGGAGGCGUGGUCAGCGGCCUCGGCAAAGGCGUCACCGCCAGCAGUAUCGGCGUCGUCCUCAAGGCCUGCGGCCUCCGCGUCACCUCCAUCAAAAUCGAUCCUUACUUGAAUACAGAUGCUGGAACCAUGUCUCCAUUUGAGCACGGGGAGGUUUUUGUUCUUGAUGAUGGUGGAGAGGUUGAUUUGGACCUGGGCAACUAUGAGCGUUUCUUAGAUGUGACACUCACAAGAGAUAAUAACAUUACCACUGGGAAGAUAUAUCAGUCUGUUCUCGAGAAGGAGCGUAAAGGUGAUUAUCUUGGAAAGACGGUCCAGGUGGUUCCUCACAUCACUGAUGCCAUUAGAAAUUGGAUAGAAUCAGUUUCUGCAAUUCCUGUAGAUGGAAAAGUGGGAACGGCGGAUGUUUGUGUGAUAGAAUUGGGCGGGACUGUUGGUGACAUUGAGUCAAUGCCGUUCAUAGAGGCUCUACGGCAAUUGUCCUUUUCUGUUGGUCCGGAUAACUUCUGUCUCAUUCAUGUCAGCCUAAUACCGGUACUCAGUGUCGUUGGAGAGCAAAAAACAAAGCCUACACAGCACAGUGUACGGGAGCUGAGAGCAUUAGGCUUAACUCCCCAUUUUUUAGCAUGCCGUUCUUCUCAGCCUUUACUGGAGCCUACGAAGGAGAAACUGUCUCAAUUUUGUCACGUUCCAGCUGGUAAUAUUCUCAAUAUCCAUGAUGUUCCAAACAUUUGGCACAUUCCUCUCUUACUUAGGAACCAAAAUGCCCAUAAUUCAAUUCUCAAGCAACUGAACUUACUCGACAUUGCUUCACCACCUGAUUUACGAGACUGGACAAACAUGGCUGAGACUUAUGAUAAUCUUACAAAUUCGGUCAGGAUUGCACUGGUCGGAAAGUAUGUCGGUCUUACGGACUCAUACCUGUCUGUUAUGAAGGCUCUUCUUCACGCUUGCAUUGCGUGUUCUCUAAAGCCAUCAAUAGGCUGGAUUGCAGCUUCUGACCUGGAAGAGGAUAGUGCAAAACUGACACCAGAAGCGCAUGCCGCUGCAUGGGAAACCCUGAGGAAUGCAGCAUGUGUCUUGGUUCCCGGUGGAUUUGGAGAUCGUGGAGUGAGAGGAAUGAUGUUGGCUGCAAAGUAUGCCAGAGAGAACAAGAUUCCUUAUCUUGGAAUUUGCUUGGGCAUGCAGAUUUCCGUGAUUGAGUUUGCUAGAUCUGUAUUGGGUAUGGAAAGGGCAAAUAGCGAAGAGUUUGAUGAUCCAGAUGCACCAGAUCGAUCCAACCAUGUGGUGGUUUUCAUGCCUGAGGGUUCCAAAACGCACAUGGGAAACACAAUGCGACUGGGAACUCGAAGAACGUUAUUCCAGACGCCUGACUGUAUUACCUCAAAGCUGUACCAUAACACGGAGUAUGUGGAUGAACGACAUCGUCACAGAUACGAGGUAAAUCCGGACGUUAUUGGAAGUCUUGAAGAACAUGGUCUAAAAUUUGUUGGAAAGGAUGAGAGUGGGAAACGGAUGGAGAUUUUGGAGAUUCCGAAUCAUCCAUUCUACGUAGGAGUUCAAUUUCAUCCAGAAUUCAAGUCACGGCCUCGGAGGCCCUCACCUCUGUUUUUAGGUCUUAUAUUGGCAGCAACAAGGCAGUUGGAAACAUAUCUCAAAAGGGCAUGAAAAGGGACGUUUAUAGAACCUUCUGUCUUUAACCUUAGUCCUUAACGAACAUUCUCUCAAUAGAUGAGGGGAGGCUGACGCUUUAAUGGCAGACGAAAUUCAUGGUGCUCACAAAGUGGACACCUAAUAUGGAGCUUGUUUAUUGUUGCUGACUUCAAUUUUUCUUGCCCGUUUGGUUUGAAGCUUUAAUGUGAUUUAAUCAGUCGUCUGAAAAGAUUUUUGUUGAGGACAUUGGGCUACUCCAGGCAAAAUUGGAUUUUUCUUUUCUUCCUGUUUUAUGCUUUUGUUCUUUUAUCUUUCUCAAGUAAAAAAGUGGAACACUUUUCACUUUUACCUGUGCAUAAUAUAUAAAGUCCAAUUAUUUGUUGGAAGUGUGUACGGCCAAAUAAUUAUUUGAUUACAUUGGCUUAGUUUGGUAUUAUUUUUCUUCUCAAAA